GUCCGGAGACGGCGCCCCCGCUGCUCGCUGGCUCCAUGGAGUCUCCACCGGAGCGGAGGGCGCCUGGGCCGGUGGCCGCCGCCGAGCCCGUGUACCGGCUGGCGGGGGCGCUGGGCUCGGAGCUGCAGCGGCUGUCGGGCCUCUUCGGGCCGGGCGCCGUGGCCGGGCUGGUGCCGCAGGUGGUGCGUCUGCUGGAGCUCCUCGAGGCGCUGGCUUGCCGCGGGCCGGAGCGGGACGAGGGGCCGGGCCGGGGCCGGCAGCUGCAGGAGGCCGGCGAGCCCUCGCCGGGCCCGACGCGGGACUUGGCGCAGGCUCUGGAGCUGCGGCUGGCUGAGGCCCAGGAGAGAGCGUGCCUCCUGCAGAGCCGCCUGGCCCAAGCUGAAGCAGAGAACCAGCGCCUCUUGGCCCAGCUGGCCGGCACCCAGUCCCAGGAAGAGAGCACCCAGCGCAGAGAGAAGGAGGUGAUGCUGCGCCUCAAGGAGGUGGUGGACAAGCAGCGGGAUGAGAUCCGUGCCCAGGCCCACGAGAUCCUCUGCAAGGCCCGGGACACCGAGGCGCUGCAGGAGCAGCUGAACCGCUUCAUGACGGUCAACGAGGAGAUUCGCCGCAAGCUGGCCAUCGUCCAGGCCCAGCUGAAGAGCGCCCUGCAGAGGAAGGAGGAGCUGGAGAGCGCCCUGCUGGAGGCCCGCCAAGAGGUGGAGAGGCUGAGCAAGGCUGCGGGGGCAGCACAAGAGGCCUUGAGGACUAGCGCCACGGACCAGGAGGUGGUGCCUGGUGAGGCGCUUCCUGGCAGCGGCCAGGGCAGGAGGUCCUACUCGAAGGAAGAGCUGCAGCAGAUCCUGCAGGAGCGCAACGAGCUCAAGACCAGCCUGUUCCUGGUGCAAGAGGAGUUGGCCUAUUACCAGCGGGAGUUGCUGAAUGAUGAGCGGAUUCCCAGCCUCCUCCUGGACGCCGUGAAAUCCACCAUCAAGAAGCAGCGCAGGAAGAUCCGGGCCAAGAUGCUGGGCACAGCAGAGGAGCCCCUGAGCAGCGACGAAGAGGAGGAGGGCGUGUGGCUGGCGUCCCCCACGGGCUCGGACUGCGUGGACGGCCGCCUCCCUGAGUCCAAGAUCCGGAGCUUUUUUGGCCUCUGGUACCGCGGGAGGAGCAAAAGCAGCUUGCCAGAAGACUGCCCUGGAGCCUGGGAGAUAGUUGACCCUCAAGAUGUGGGUCCUGAGGAGGAGGAGGAGCAGGGAGGGAGGGAGGCCUCCUGCAGCUUCAGCCCCCCAAGUGGACCCUCGCCCUUCCCUUGGGACUCCCUAAGGAGGAGGAUGGAGCGCUGGGCCCUGCCGCUCUUCCUCUGCCUCCAGGCGCUGGGCUUGGGGGACGGGAGCAGCAGCCCUGACCUGGACCCCAGUGGGAGAAACGUCUGCAGGUCCAGCAGCCCCCUGCCAGUCUUCACCUGCUGCCCAGGAUGGAAACAGGAGGGCCAGGAGUGCCCAGCUGCACUCUGCACGGGAGCAGACGCCUGCCGGGAGGGGGAAGUCUGUGUCCGCCCGGGGGUUUGCCGCUGCCGGCCUGGAUUCUUUGGGGCCAACUGCAUUGCACGCUGCCCAGACCAGUACUGGGGUCCGGACUGCAAAGAGAGCUGCGCUUGCCACCCCAAUGGGAAGUGCGACCCGGCCAACGGAGAGUGCCGCUGCCACCCUGGGUGGUGGGGCCCCCUCUGCCAGUCCGUGUGCCCGUGUGGCCCCAGAGGCCGCUGCGACCCCCUCACCGGGGUCUGCCAUUGCGAGCCAGGCUGGUGGGCGCCCGACUGCAGGCGCCAGUGCCCUUGCAACCUCUCCGGCUCCCGCUGCGACCCCGUGACGGGCCGCUGCCUCUGCCACCGGGGCUGGUGGGGCAGGAGGUGCUCCUCGCGCUGCAGCUGCAACGGCUCCCCCUGUGCCCAGGAGACCGGCCGGUGCGAAUGCCGCGCAGGACAGUGGGGGGCGGCCUGCCAGGCCAGCUGCCAGUGCCUGCACGGGACCUGCGCCCCACAGGACGGGCGGUGCACCUGCCACGCCGGCUACCAGGGCGACAGCUGCAAGGACCCCUGCCCUGCUGGGAAAUACGGGCUUCAGUGCAUGCAAAGCUGCGGCCACUGCCAGGACCUCAAGGCCUGCUUUCCCGUGGACGGAUCGUGCCCAGCCUGUGACCCGGGCUGGAACGGGACCCACUGCAAGCAGCCAUGCCCACCGGGGCACCAUGGGGAGAACUGUGCCCUGCUUUGCCCUCCCGGCUGCCGGCAAGGAGAGAGCUGCCACCCAGAGACGGGGGAAUGCCAGAGCUGCAAAGCAGGCCUCACAGGUGCCAGGUGUGAGCUCUCCUGCCCAGAGGGCUUAUUUGGAGAUGGAUGCCGGUUUGCCUGCCCAGACUGCUUCAACGGGAGCUGCGACCCGGCCUCUGGGGCCUGCGUGUGCCAGGCUGGGUUCUGGGGCACCAGCUGCAACUGGACCUGCCCUGAAGGGUCUCAUGGCCCCAACUGUUCGGAGCCCUGCCAGUGUGGGGGGCACCUGUGCCACCCUGUCACCGGGGACUGCCAGUGGAGACAGAACCAGGCAGCCCUCUUAGCAGGAAUCCUGACCCCUUUGGUUCUCCUCGUCCUCCUCUGUAUGUGUUGCUGCUGCUGCUGCUGCCGCUCUGAGUCCACCCCGAUGGAUGUCAGGUCGGCAGCUGCGGAGGGAGAUCCCAUCUCCCGCGUGAAGCACCACGUUCUGGGGACGUUGGCCAACCUCAGCCCCGCCUUGCCCUGCUUCUCCUUGGGGGGCUACAAGCUCCCACGCGUGACAGUCUCCCACCAUGACGCCGAGAUCCCCUUCAACCCCAGCUUCAUUGAGCCCCCGUCAGCUGCCUGGCCUUCGGACAGCUCCUUCUCCUCCUCCUUCGACACAGACGACGACCAGGAGGACCCAGCCUCCCCUGCCCAGGAAGCGGCCGGUGCUGAGCACCAGCCAGGAUUCCUCCCGGAGGAGCCAGCCUUGAACUCGGAGCCCUUCACCAUCCCCCGCACCUCCAGCAUUGCCAAGGCCAAGCGCCCCUCCGUCUCCUUCGCAGAAGGUACCCGCUUCAUCUCUCAGAGCCCCAGAGGCUCCACGGAGGCCCUGAACCCCACCUGGAAGGCCAAGGCCCCGUGGGGCUCAGCCCGAGCCACCUCCCUGCAGCAGCCCACAGCGGACCCUGCUGGGCAGGAGGGCCUCCCUGCCAUGGGCGAUUCUCCGGGGGGAUGCUACGAGAACGUGGAGGCCGGUGGCAGGGAGGAAGGGAGCCACAGACCCUGCUGCUCCUCCUCCUCCUCCUCCACGCAGAGGAGCAGCUCCGGGAGCCACAGGAAGCGGGGGAACAGCUCCCGGCACGUGGCCCAAAGAGUGGAAGCCCUGGAGGCUGCCUCCAAAGCACAGACCAAGGGCCCCAGCGUCACCACCAUCUAUGUGACCGUGGGCAAGGCGGGGGGCGAGGGGCCGGUGCAAGCUGUCCUGCAGCGCCUGGGGAGCCUGCAGAGGGCCAAGCAGCUGCCCAGGGAGGAGGUGCAGCAGCGGCCAAGGAGAAGGAGUCUGGAGGGCCUCCUCCAGAAGCCGCCACGGAGGAGAGGGCUGCUGGACUCCGAGGGGGACACCGGGAGGCUGCUGCCCCAAGGUGGGACCGGCCAGGAGGCUGCCACCAUGCUCUGUGCUGAAGCCAGCACCCCGGAGGAGGAGGCUGAGGCCCAGGGCUUUCCCAGGGGGCCAGGAGCUCCUGCUGGUGGAGAGAGCAGCGGCAGCGGCAGCAGUGAGUCACCCAGCAGCCACAGCCAGACUGAGGCGGCGGCUGGAGGAGGGAGAGGAGGCCCCUUGCUGGAGAAGGAGGAGCAGGAGCCAAAGUAUGAGAAUGUCUCCGGGUGGUCUAGCUCUCCGUAGGCACCUAGAACCUACCCCACCCCCAAGAACCUUCACGGAAGCCACUUGGAGGAGAGCCAGCCAUGUAAAAGGCCAUGUCCAUUGGUGGGGCCGGGAAAGAGGCCCGUGGCUCCACUGGACGCUCCUUUCCUGCAUCCGGCAGAAAUCUGCCAUAUGGCAACUUGAACAAGGGGCCAGGCGAGUCCAAGGAGCUGAUUCUCAAGUACCAGCUUUGGAAUGAACUUCUGCAUAUCUGCUUGUCUGUUUUAAUUUGCAGGCCUUGUGUGGCUUUGUUGUAUUGGGUUGCCGUGCGGUUUUAUAAUAUUGAACUUUCUUGGUAAGCAGCCUUGCAGUCAAUUUGGUGAAAGGCUGAUUUAAAAUAACACAGAUAAAAGGAGUGGCACGUGCAUGCACAUCCCUUUGCGCCAAUCCCUGGUUUUUAUCCUGAGUUCUUCACAGGCUAACAACAGCUAGAAACUCCCCCUGGGACCUUGCUCUCCACUAUCACACACCUAAAGUGGCUGGGAAGCCCCUCCGGCUCACCUGCAGUAUCUUCAGUCACUCAGGAAGUGCUUACCUUUGCGAAGAGCCCCUGCACAGACAUCCUUUGUCCUCCUGAACUCUGAAUUCUCCCAGAACUGACCUCUAUGAAGCUGAGCCAAGUUUCUUCAUGUCCUUAAUACACGGAGAAUACCGGAUCUCUCCUGAUCUCCCUGGUGGGGAAUGUUUACGCUUCCCUGACAGAGAAUAUUCUGAGCGUCAUGACGCCAGUUUUGGUGUGGAUGCUCCGCAGGCCUGGAUGGGACCACUGUGAGGAAGAUGAGCAGGGGAUGUACCUAGAAUCAAAACCAGAUUAUUACUA